AUGCUGUUAGAUUCGGACUCCACACAGCUAUACCGCGAAGGCAGCGUGCGAUGGCGCGGAGCCAUGAGCGAAGUGGCCGAGGACUCGGAUGAUGGUGACGCCGCGUAUAUAUCCAGCGACGAGUCGGCUCAUGGAGUCGACCUUGACGAGCGGCUUCGGGUCAAACCCUCUAAGGACAUUUGGGAAACAGAGGACAUACUGUAUGUACUACGCCAUCUCCCGCAAUCGGAGGAGUUAUUGGCGGCGUUAGAGGGUGGACAUUUGGAAGACGUUAUCGAUAUUGUCACGCAGACAAACAAAAAAGUUGGUAUGAGGACAGCCGUGUUGUGGGCAUCGUGGUUAGGAAAAAGCUCUUUAUUGGCGAGGCUUUUGAAAUUAGGAGCCGAUCCCAAUAGCGCUGACGGCGCUGGAAGCUGUUUGGUAGCAAACGAGGAAUGCGUCAAGUUGCUCUUGGACCACGGCGCCGAUCCUAAUAAGUGGGACUCGCUAACGGAGAGGAAGGCUACUCCGUUGCACUGUGCGGCGAGCGCCAAAUGCUUGAAAUGCGUUAAGAUCUUGAUAAGCCAUGGUGCUGACGUAAACGCGGGGUUGAAUGAGCGCUCGCCGUUGCAUUACGCCGUGUUGAGCGAUGCGCCGGAUGUUGUAGGCGCAUUGUUGGAAGCGGGCGCUUGUCCUGACACUCCGCAGGUUUUCACCGAAACGCCUUUGCACGUGGCCGCGUCUCUGGGCUCCGAUUCCUGUAUGAGGCUACUUUUGGACGCUGGGGCGGACGUGCGCGCGGCGCUUGGACCGGGCAGGACGACAGCCCUGCACCUGGCGGCGGUGGACGGCCACGCGGAAUGCGCCAGGCUACUCCUAGACCACGGCGCCCACAUCGACUGCCCCAACUCCAGGGGCCAAACGUCUUUGCAUCUCGCCACAUUGGCGCAGUCGAUUGAGGUGGUGGAGCUUCUCGUGGGCAGGAAAGCUGAUGUGCGCGCGAGGGACAUAGACGGGAGGACACCCCUGCAUGGUUCCAUUGUCAGGGGCGCGCGGGCCUGCGACGUGGCGCGGCUGCUGCUAUCCGUCGGGGCUGACCCCAACGCGCCCGACAACUUCGGAUACACCCCGCUGCAUAUUGCGGCUUUAAAUGAGUUCUCCGCUUGCGUGUUACUGUUACUGGAAAGUUCUAUUUGUGUUAGCGUCACGCAGCAGCCUCUGAUGCUGAAUGAAAGAGCAGGAGCUUACUGCGGGGAAGUUGGCAGCGCUGACCCCACGGGUGACGUCAAAGUCUAUCUGUAUAGGCGAUUAGGUGACAUCUCGCCGCCUGCUGGUAAGUCCAAUGAUGACGUCAUUUCAGAUUACGGCGGUGACGUCACGCUGCGCACCAACGGCGGGGUGUCCGCGCUGUCGUUCAUCGUUCGCCGGGUGCCGGACGUGGUGCCGCGCUACCUGCGCAAGUUCGACGACACCGUUCACGUGAGCGAGCACGAGCUCGGCGACGUGGACUGCGAGUUCACCAUAGACUUCAGGCCACUGGUGCCGUGCCUGGCGCGCGGCGAGGCGGAACUGCUCCUGUCCUUCAUCGAGGUCGGCCAUAAAGACGUCCUCAAGCAUCCGGUCGCGGAGACGUUUUUGUUUUUGAAAUGGCGAAGAAUACGGAAAUUCUUCGUGUUGAGCUUCGUCUAUCACGCACUAUUUAUAACUCUUUACAGUCUUUACAUACUACAAAUAUUCCUGUGCGAAGAUGUUACUUGUGCCGUGCCAUCGUAUCUCCGACCGGUGCAAUACCUAAUUCUACUCCUCAACAUUUGCUUUAUGUGCAAAGAAUUAUUUCAAGCUUGCUUAGAUUACUCUGCAUACAUAAGACAAUGGGAGAACUGGUUGCAAAUAUUGAUUAUCAUCGGUGUGUUUUUGUGUACGGUUCCGACUUGGUAUAUGGAAGACGGGCUAGCGAGAAGCACUUCAAAUUGGCAACACGACGUAGCAGCCAUCACUAUAUUCUUCUGUUGGCUCGAACUAAUGAUGAUCAUCGGCCGAUUCCCGACAUUCGGAUUAUACGUACAGAUGUUCACUACAGUGACGGUGAAUUUCGCAACUUUCCUACUGGCGUACAGCUGCCUGCUGAUAGCAUUCGGCCUGGCGUUCAGCGUGCUGUUCAGCAACUACCCGGCGUUCCACCUGCCCGCCGGCCUGGUGAAGACCGUCAUGAUGAUGUCCGGCGAGCUCGAGUACGAGGACAUAUUCUACAACAACGGAACGGACUCCCAAAUCCACUAUCCGCUGACGGCUCACGGGAUGUUCUUGAUAUUUGUGCUCCUAGUCACCGUCAUAUUGACCAAUCUGCUCGUUGGAUUGGCAGUGAGCGAUAUACAGGCGUUACAAGAGAGUGCUGGCCUCGAUAGACUGGUGCGCCAGACUCAACUGGUGGCGCAUCUCGAAAGCAUGCUAUUCAGUUCGCUGCUGACGUGUGCGCCGAAGCAGCUGUUGGCUGUACUGAGGUGGGGCGCGCUGCUCACCACGUCGCAUAUGCGCACGCUCAACAUUCGGCCAAACGACCCCAGGGAAAAUCGAAUACCGAAGGAGCUGAUAUCCUCGAUCUACAGAAUGGUGGUCAGCCGUAUCAACACGAAGAAGAGCAUACGCAGGAACAACAACUACGAGUGCCGCAUACGCAAGGGCAAGGAGGAUGAGGACGUAGAGAGGCAGGUGGUUAAGCGCAAGAGCAACCUUUUUGACCAAUUCUCCUUGGAGAACCAGCAAGUGGAGCGCAGGAAGCGCACCACGUCCACCACCGAGAACAGAAACAGGCCAAUGUCGAUGACAGUGAACGCCAUACAGGAGAUAUGCAUGGUCGAUGUGAAAACGCAGUUGGCCGAGCUGACCAAGAAAAUCAACAAGCUGGUCGAAACGACCGAGUGCAGGUUGGACGCGAUCGAGAAUAAAUUGGACAACAGG